UCUUCUUUCCCACUUUCAACUCAUCAACAAAUCUUCACUUCACUUUCACACACACUCAGUGUGUGAAACAAAACAAUGGAUUCUUGGAUGAUUAGGGUUUUCAUCCUCCUAUCUUGCUUCUCUCCUAUGAUGGUUGAAUCCAGAGUUCGUCAUUACAAGUUCAAUGUGGUCAUGAAAAACACAAGUCGCUUGUGCUCAACGAAACCAAUUGUUACUGUAAAUGGAAACUUUCCAGGGCCAACUCUAUAUGCUAGAGAAGACGACACCGUUUUGGUCAAGGUUGUCAACCAUGUCAAGUACAAUGUCUCCAUCCACUGGCACGGAAUCCGGCAGCUUCGCACCGGGUGGGCUGACGGUCCAGCAUAUAUCACCCAGUGUCCGAUCCAGCCGGAGCAGAGUUAUGUCUACAACUUCACCCUCACGGGCCAGAGAGGCACACUCUGGUGGCAUGCUCACAUUUUGUGGCUGAGGGCCACCGUGCACGGUGCCAUCGUCAUCUUGCCUAAGCUCGGUGUCCCUUACCCUUUCCCCAAACCCGACCACGAACGAGUCAUCAUUCUAGCUGAAUGGUGGAAAUCCGACACUGAAAAUGUGAUCAACGAGGCGUUGAAGUCCGGCCUCGCCCCAAACGUCUCCGAUGCCCACACGAUCAACGGGUACCCGGGACAAAUCCCUAAUUGUUCCACCACAGAUGGCUACCAACUAAAUGUGACACCGGGAAAAUCAUACCUAGUCCGCCUAAUCAACGCUGCCCUCAAUGAAGAACUCUUCUUCAAGAUCGCCGGCCACAAAUUCACCGUGGUCGAGGUCGACGCCACCUACGUGAAGCCCUUCACGACCGACACGGUCGUGAUCGCCCCGGGCCAAACCACCAACGUCGUCCUAACGGCUAGCAAGCGCGCCGGGAAGUUCGCCAUCGCGGCCUCCACCUUCAUGGACACCCCCGUGGUGGCGAUCGACAACCUCACCGCCACCGCCACGCUCCACUACUCCGGCACGCUGUCCGCCGCCCCCACCGCCGUCGCCGCCGUCCCCGCGCGCAACGCCACCCCGGUGGCGGACACCUUCUCCAACUCCCUCCGCAGCCUCAACUCGAAGACCUACCCGGCCAAGGUCCCGAAAACGGUUGACCGGUCGCUGUUCUUUGCAGUCGGGCUCGGGAUCAACCCGUGCCCGACGUGCAAAGCAGCGAACGGGAGCCGGGUAGUGGCGAGCGUGAACAACAUCACAUUCGUGAUGCCGACGACCGCCUUGCUACAAGCGCACUUCUUCAACAUCAAAGGAGUCUACACCACCGACUUCCCGGGGAACCCGCCGACGCCGUUCAACUACACCGGAGCUCCGCCGCAGAACAUGGCGACGGUAUCCGCGACGAAGGUGUACCGGCUGCCGUACAACGCCACGGUGCAGGUGGUCUUGCAGGACACCGGGAUAAUCGCGCCGGAGAACCACCCGGUUCAUCUCCACGGUUUCAAUUUCUUCAUUGUCGGAAAAGGAUCCGGCAAUUUCAACCCCAAAACGGAUCCCAAAAGCUUCAACCUCGUCGAUCCGGUCGAGAGGAACACGGUUGGCGUGCCGUCCGGUGGGUGGGUCGCAAUCCGGUUCAUCGCCGACAAUCCCGGUGUGUGGUUCAUGCAUUGCCACUUGGAAGUUCACACGACUUGGGGGCUGAAGAUGGCGUUCCAAGUGGACGACGGAAAGGGAAAAAAUCAGUCAGUUUUGCCGCCGCCAAAAGAUUUGCCCAAGUGCUGAAAAUUUUGAGCUGCCAAUUCGAGAGUGAUUUCUUCUGCUGAAGCUUGGAGAGAAUGUAUUAUAUUUGUUUGUUUCUCGAGUGAAAAUAAUUUGCUCGACUUAUUUGUAUCCUCAAUAAUUAUCUAUACUUUCAUUUUCUAUUGUCA